CUUAGCUAGUACGAGGACCUUGGAUGAGAGAAUGUGCUAUGGAGCUUUAUUCUCCAUACACUUACGAAUUUAGCUUGGGUAUCAUGUAUUACAGGUCCUGUUGAUCGUAUGAUUCAUGAUCUCGACUAGUUUCAGUUUGAUCCUACGAGGAUCAUCUUAUGGUAUCACUGAUAACAGAGUCGAUACCGGGACGACAAGGUUACCCUGGAGUAGCCACCGUGGGGUCGGGCCCUCGGUCUGGAAUGACCUUCAGGCCUCCUACUGCGCAAGGGAGGAUGGCGCAAGCUGCCAAACUAGGGGCCAGAGAAAGGCAAGUGCCAACCAGGAACCCCUUCGGAGGGAGCCAAAGCAGGAACGAAGGAAAAAGGCCGUGGAGGUGGAGGAGGAUGAUAACGAAGAUGAACAAGAUGAGAGGUUGCACCAAAAGGAGGAUCGAAGGGUGGAGCAAAGGGCCAAGAAGAGGGGAGCCCAAAAGGAAGCCAAACCGAUUCUGCGCGAUGCGGCGCCGAAGAAAAAGAAGUAUAUGGUCCGGUUAGAGGAGGGGUUUGACGUGGAGAAAGUAAUCGACAAGUUACUUGAAGGUCAUAAUGACCUUGUGACCUUGAAGGAGAUCCUGGCGUCUGCUCCUAAGCUCCGUAAUGAGCUGAAAGGAAGGUUUUCCUUACGAUUCGUGCCGAAUGUCCAUCUAAGCGUGAUUCUGCCAAAGGAGGCAGAAUGGGCAGAAACAAGGACGAAGAUGGACUGCAAGUGUGUGGCCUGCGGAAUGGUGGAUCUGGUGGUAAAGAGAUCGCAGUGCGCAGCAAUGGGGGAUACAGGGGCAGAGAUGAACAUCAUCAAGGAGGUUGAUGCGCUUAGGUUUGGGUUGGAGAUAGACCGCUCGGAUUGCGGCAUUCUGCAUGGGGCCAAUUGCAAGGUCGUAUUUUGCGGAACGACAUCUAAUAUCGAGAUUGGGAAGGUAAAAGCGAGAGCUUGUUCCUUCGUCAUGCCGGACGUAGACCAUGCCAUUUUGCCAGGGAGAUCGUUUCUAUGGGAGAAUGAAGAUAUUGUGUCAGAGAGCCAGGAUAACGAGUUUGAGGAAGGGGAGAUCAAAAAAGCAUUCCGUGCAGAGGAGUAUGAUGGGAUCUACCUGGAGCUUGGACUUCUCUUAUCGGGUGAAACGCGGGAUAUGGAUGCUAGCAAAAGGGCUCAAAAGAUAAGGCAUCUCUACCUAGUGAGAGACAAUCAUCGUUUUGUAAAGAGGUCUGACUUUACGAAGCCAGCCAUGUCGAGAGGAGGGAGGGGGACGCGACCACCGCGAAGGCCAUUGGGAGCAUGAGGGGGUUACGAGCGGCAUGGGUCUC